GGUUAUCUCACUCUCACUCGCUGUCUCCUCCUUUCCUGUGUCGCAUCACCAUGAGCUUGACUGUCCAACCGAGGCUCCGUUAGUCGAGGCACGAGCUGGAUCUGUCCGGCGCUCUGGGGUUUCUACCUUUUUCCUCCUGCGGAAGUUCCCGUACCGUGUUUGCUCGAGUCGGAUUCUGGAGGUUCCGCUCGUUCGGCGAGAGGAAAUUCGCCGUCUUGAAUUUGAAGAAAUCAUGGUGCGGGAGCAACGGGUGGAGUCUUUCUACACUCGGCUGCGCGAAUCUGCCCUGUCCUCGGCCGAUUCUCCUCUCCUUAUUUUCCCGUCGACCUCCGAUGUCGACUCCCUCUGCGCUCUCAAGGUCAUUUUCCAUGUGCUCGAGUCCGAUUCGGUGCAGUACGCUUGCUAUCCGGUGUCGUCGUUUCGGGAGAUACACAAGUAUGCCGGGUCCAGCAUGAGCGCUGAGGAGGGCGCCGGCGCCGGCGCCGUCACGAUUCUUUUGAUAAAUUGGGGGUGCCACCGCGACCUGCGCAGGGUCUUGGAUUUGGGGCCUGGAGCUAGGGUUUUCGUUGUGGAUAGUCACCGUCCGAUUCAUUUGUGUAAUUUGAGCGAGGGCAAUGAUCAGGUGGUUGUACUUUAUACUCGGGAUGAUGAGAACCAGGCCGAUUUGGCCUAUGAUUUUGAUGUCUCGGCUUUGGCUAAUGCUAGCGAUUUGAUGAGUGAUGACGAGAUCGAUGAUGAAGCUUCGGAAAGUGAAGAGGAAAAUGAUAGCGAUAGCGAGGAAGAGGAAAGGAGGACUGGCUCUAGGAAGCGAAGGAAGGUCUCUGAAGAAAAUGCGGAUGACCCGGUUCAGCUUUUCAGAAAGCUGAAGAAAGAGUACUACCGCAUGGGGACUUUUCAUGGGAAGCCUUCCGGAUGUUUGAUGUAUGAUCUGUCACAUUCUUUGAGGAAGAAUACGAAUGAAUUGCUCUGGUUAGCUUGUGUUUCCUUGACAGAUCAGUUUGUUCAUGAGCGGUUAACAGAUGAGAGGUACCUAGCUGGGGUUAUGGAGCUUGAGCAGCAUAUUAACAGCUCUGGGAACUUGGACGCCGUUACUUCUGUUACUCUCAAGGAUGGCACUAAGAUUCGUGCUCCAGAUUCCUCUCGGAUAGCAUAUGAAGACGAGCCGAGGCUGAUGUUAUUGCAGGAAUGGAACUUAUUUGAUUCCAUGCUGUGUUCUUCUUACAUAGCACCUAAAUUAAAGACGUGGAGCGACAAUGGGAUGAAAAAGCUCAAACUUCUCCUUGCCCGUAUGGGCUUCGCACUCGUGGAUUGCCAGCAAAAGUAUCAGUACAUGAACCUCGAAGUGAAAAGAAAGAUGAAAGAUGAGUUCGAACGGUUUCUUCCUGAGUACGGGCUCAGUGACUUCUACUAUAGAAGUUUUCUGAGACUCCAUGGUUAUAGUUCAAGGGUGUCUGCAGCAGACGUGGUAUAUGGAGUCACUGCACUGCUGGAGUCCUUUGUGAAAUCUGAUGGCUCUUGUGCUUCCAAGCAGUUUGGGGUGGCCUACGAUGCCUUAUCAUUGAGCAACUUGGACAAGCUGAAAGCCGGUAUGCAACAUGCUAUCAAGAUACAACGAGCCAUUCUAAGACAGGGAAGUGGAGCCAUUACUAAGAGUGGCUCAAUAAGAAGUGGCAGGAAAUUUAGAUGGGUGAAGCUUGAAGAUUCUGUUGACACAAAGUUGUUAGGGUAUCCACAGGCUUUGACUAAGUUCUGUUACUUCCUGAUGGAUGCACUAAAAGAAAAGGGGGCAAGAAUGAAGCCUCUACUUUGUGCUUGCUUAUCACAGGAGCCUAAUAAGGUUUUAGUUGUUGGGGUUUGCGGGAAGCCUCGGCUUGGGGCAUUGCAGGGUAAUGCUUUUGGUAUUGCAUUCAGAAACGCUGCUGAGGAAAUUGGAGCUGAUUUCUUUCAUGAGCUCUUCGAAUCUUCGUGGAUAGUUUUGGAUUCAAGUGCAGUUAACUCUUUCAUGAUCAGGUUGACAGAGAAAUUGUAGAACUGUACUUUGUCCAAGAUUUGUGUGAUUUUGUCGUGGAAACAUUGGGUAGGCAUGUUUCACCGACAUCUUUGGCUUGCUGAAACAAAAAAUAAAGGUUACACUCUAGCCAAUUGUAUGACCUUGGAAGUUGGAACAGUUUUCCUGUCACUAAUUUGUAGAAUGAUGUUAACU